AUGGCCACGCCCCUUUUCGUCCCGCCCCCGCCAUUACUGCACCUCUUAUCACUGUACCUCUUAUCACUGUACCUCUUAUCACUGCACCUCUUAUCACUGUACCUCUUAUCACUGCACCUCUUAUCACUGUACCUCUUAUCACUGUACCUCUUAUCACUGUACCUCUUAUCUGUACCUCUUAUCACUGUACCUCUUAUCACUGCACCUUAUGGUACCUACUUUUUAUUGUACCUCUUACCUGUUUUAUCACUGCACUUCUGUACCGUACCUUUAACUGUACCUGUUACCUGCACCUUUGUCACCUCUUGUUACCGCACCUUUAUUAAUCUGGUACCGUACUCUUAUCACUGUACAUUUGGUACCGUACCUCUUAUCACUACUUUGGUACCGUACUUUUUAUUGUACCUCUUGUUACCGUACCUUUGUACCGUACCUCUGGUACCGUACCUUUGGUACCGUACCUUUAUCACCGUACCUCUUGGUACCGUACUUUUGUUAUUGUACCUUGUUACCGUACCUUUGGUACACCUUUGGUACCGUACCUUUAUCACCGUACUCGUUGGUACCGUACCUUUUAUUACUGUACCUCUAGUACCUCUUGUUACCGUACUUUUUAUCACUGUAUCCUUGGUACCGUACUUCCUAUCACCGUUUUAA